AUGGCUGUGUUUGGUGGAAAGAGUCCAAAGAAAAACAACAGAGCUUCAACCAAUAGCAUUAAAUUGACUAAAGCCGAUAAAGAUCUAUUCAAAAACAGAAACUCAAGAGCUCAAGAUAUGAUGAAUGCUAUUAACGAAGACCAACCAUUUCAACAAGCUAGUGAUCAAUUCGACCAAGGUAAAGAUAAUGGAGACUCUAUGGGCAACUUCUCCAAGAGUAAUGGUAUUAAUGAUGUUUUCGGUAAUCCCAUCACUGUAGUUGAUAUGUCAAAUCCAACAAGGUCAAGAGAUGAAAGACCAUUAGAUACAAUUCGAUCCUUUGAAUUUUCAAUUAGUGGUGAUAGUGUUUAUAGAGAACAAUUAGAGACUGCGAGAUAUGGGUUUAGACCAAGACCUGAGUUUCCUUUACUAAAGGGCAAUCCAUAUGCUAACACUGCAAAUACUUCAGAUUCAAUUUAUGUUCCUGCUUAUAAACCUCCUCCAACUACUGCACCAGCUCAAAAAAAGAAGAGAGGCUUCUUUGGUAAAAAGAAGAAAUGA